GUGUGCCUCAUUGUCUCAUCAAGCUCUGUGAUUGGCUGAGAGUGUGAGAAACUGCAGCCAGACCAGGACCCACACAUUCAUAUGGAGAUGUGGGACUAUAAAUAGGAGGGAUGGAGCCAGCAGAGAUCAGACUCUCUCUACAGAGACCUCUACAGCUCACACAUCCAGACAUGGCUCCUACAAUCACUGCAGCAAUCACCAGUUCUCAGGAGCAUCUGACUCUGAGCCACAAGAAAGCAUUGGUGGAGAAGUUACGCAGAGAGCGAAUCAACAGCAGCAUCGAGCAGCUCAAGUCUCUCCUGGGUCCAGAGUUCCUCAAACAGCAGCCAGACUCCAAGCUGGAGAAAGCCGACAUCCUGGAGAUGACGGUUUGCUUCCUCACACGACUGCAGCAGCAGAACCAGCAGCAGAGUAAACUGCUGGACCACUUCAGCAACCUGCAGUCGCCCUGUGAGAAGAACCUGAGAGAGGACGACUCCUCUCCUCUGAGCUCCUCAGUCCAGACCAGCGUCAAAGAGAAGAGUCCAGCCAGCAGCGCCCCCUGGAGGCCGUGGUAGACACCUACACAGUGGAGUCACUACCAGACAAACUGGGACCACACUGGUCAAAGAUUACUGGAACUGGUUUCUUUGAAAUCUUCUGGACUUGUUCUUCUGUAUCAACAGAAGGUUGAAUUUGAUGUGAAAUUUCCUGAGGAAACAACAACAAUAUUUUUCAAUUUAUGGAAGAGAAUUUUCUCAUGCAUGUUGCAUGAAACAUGAUCUGUUAUAAGAUCCAGAUGUUGAUGAAGCUUUUUUCUAAAACGUUUUCUCUACGUCAUAAUAUUCUGUGACACAAUUAUAAAUUCUGAUGCAUCAUUUUGUUGUAGAAUAUGAUGCAGUCAUGUUUAUAAUCAUUUGCUACUGAUCAUGUUGAUCAAUAACCUUACUUCAUAUCAGAACUUUAUGUCGUUAAUGUUUUUGCUGAAAACUGAUCUGUUUUAAGAUCAAUGUGUUUUGUAUCUGUACAACAGACUUUAAAUGUCAAACUGUGACAAAUGACCUGUUCCAUCAUGAGAAUCAAGUGAAGGUUGGUUACCAGUGAUGAGAAGGUUUCAUGCAUUUAGGAGAAGACGUCCACAGACAGUGAGCACUGUGUCCUCACACUGUGAAUGGUUUGUCUUUUGUAAAGACCCUUGUUCCUUUACUCUGUCUGAGUAGUUUGUCUUGUAGAAACCUACAAGUGACUGUUGUGAUGCAUCAUCACCUCUUAUUGAAGCUCAUGGUUUUAUGUGCUGAAUAAACAAACAUUGCACCUGAAAUUGAGUCAUCAUCAGACUU